AUGACAUACCAGUACCCCUCCCUCACCAGCGAGCAGAAAAGGGACCUGCAGGACAUCACCCGCCGCAUUGUGGCCCCGGGGAAAGGCAUCCUGGCUGCAGACGAGUCUGUGGGCAGCAUGGCGAAGCGCCUGUCCCAGAUCGGCGUGGAGAACUCGGAGGAGAACCGGCGCCAGUACCGGCAGCUGCUGCUGAGCGCGGACGAGCGCAUCGACAGCUGCAUCGGGGGCGUCAUCUUCUUCCACGAGACGCUGUACCAGAAGUCAGACGACGGCACCCCCUUCGUUAAUCUGAUUAAAGACAGGGGCAUCCUUGUUGGGAUCAAGGUGGACAAAGGUCUUGUGCCACUGCUAGGAACUAAUGGGGAAACAACCACGCAGGGACUGGACGGGCUGUCGGAGCGCUGUGCCCAGUACAAGAAGGACGGCGCGGACUUCGCCAAGUGGCGCUGCGUGCUGAAGAUCAGCGACACCACACCCUCUCAGCUGUCCAUCACCGAGAAUGCUAACGGGCUAGCUCGCUAUGCCAGCGUGUGCCAGCAGCAUGGAAUAGUCCCUAUUGUGGAGCCAGAGAUCCUACCUGAUGGAGACCAUGAUCUGAAGCGAUGCCAGUUUGUCACAGAGAAGGUUCUGAACGCCUUGUACAAGGCAAUGUCUGACCACCAUGUGUACCUGGAGGGCAGUCUGCUCAAGCCCAACAUGGUGACCCCUGGCCAUAGCUGCCCCACCAAGUACAGCCCCGAGGAGAUCGCCAUGGCAACAGUCACUGCCCUGCGCCGCACUGUGCCACCUGCGGUCGGAGGAGUGACCUUCCUGUCUGGUGGUCAAAGUGAAGAGGAGGCUUCUGUCAACCUGAACGCCAUCAACAACUGCCACCUGAGCAAGCCCUGGGCCCUGACCUUUUCCUUUGGCCGGGCCCUGCAGGCCUCUGCCCUUAACGCCUGGCGUGGCCUGAAGGAGAACUCCGAAAGUGCAACCGAGGAGUUCAUCAAGAGAGCCAAGGUGAACAGCUUGGCAUCACAGGGGAAGUACUUUGGCAUUGGAUCUGCUGGCCACUCCCUCUAUGCUGUCAAUUAUGCUUACUGAGCACUCUGUGAUGCUGACAUCAUAGCUUCUGCUGACCAAUAGGAUCCUCCACUGCAGCUUCUGCCUAAAUAACAACCAGGCCUAUGCUGUCUUUAGUGUGUACAUGUGUCUUAACAUAACCUUACAUUUAGAUGGGUAUAAAUAUAUAAUAUGAUAAAUAAAAAAACACUGGUAGUGUUGUUGGUAAAAAAAAAAGGGUAGAAAUUUCGGCAUUAUAAAUGUUUUUGAAUUGAAUUCACCCUUAUCACCAUUUAAAGUCAAGAAUUGUUCUUGGACUAAUAAGUCCUAAUUUUGUCUUGUAUACUUUUAUUGAAAAACACAGACGAUUGCAGGAUAUCCUAUGAAUCACCAACAUCUAAGAAGUAUACCAGAUGUACACUGCUUAGAGAUUUAGUAUAUAUUUAAAGCUAUUACAAUAUACUAUCUGUUUAUUUCAUGUGAGGAAACUUGUAUGUAUAAAAUAUGACGGGGAUAUCCAGUACUGUUAAUUGGGCUCUAAUGACUAUGCUUUGUGAUUUUCUCACUUAUCCAAAGACUGUGGUGAUCCCAUAAUAUUUUGAGAAAGUGUCUAAAUUACUCCAUUAAAAAAGAAAAUGUGUGUGCACCACUGAGUGAAUGUGCAUUUGUAUGCUUGCUUGAAACGUCCUGCUAGUCAGUGGCAACAGUGGUAUAGAACUCUUCCCU